GAACAAGGCAAGGAGUCUCUGUGUGGGUAUUUUGUAACCAAGGCAAGACCCCAGGUCUACGUAAAGUGAGGCAGGCAAAGGAGGUGAACCUCCACACGUCCUGACAAUAUGGAUUAUAAAUCAAGCCUAAUCCAGGAUGGGAACCCCAUGGAGAACCUGGAGAAGCAGCUCAUCUGUCCUAUCUGCCUGGAGAUGUUUACCAAGCCGGUGGUCAUCUUGCCUUGUCAGCACAACCUCUGCCGGAAGUGUGCCAAUGACAUUUUCCAGGCCGCAAACCCCUUCUGGACCAACCGGGUUGGCUCUGUGUCCAUGUCUGGAGGCCGUUUCCGCUGCCCCUCCUGCCGCCACGAGGUGAUCAUGGAUCGUCACGGAGUGUACGGCCUGCAACGGAAUCUGCUGGUGGAGAACAUCAUUGAUAUCUACAAGCAGGAGUGCUCCAGUCGGCCCCUGCAGAAGGGCAGCCACCCCAUGUGCAAGGAGCAUGAAGACGAGAAAAUCAACAUCUAUUGCCUCACGUGUGAGAUGCCCACAUGCUCCAUGUGCAAGGUGUUUGGGGCUCACAAGGCCUGUGAGGUGGCCCCCCUGCAGAGUGCCUUCCAGGGACAAAAGACGGAGCUGAGUAACUGUAUCUCCAUGCUGGUGGCGGGGAAUGACCGGAUGCAGACCAUCAUCACUCAGCUGGAGGACUCCUGUCGAGUGACCAAGGAGAACAGUCACCACGUGAAGGAAGAGCUGAGUCAGAAGUUUGAUGUACUGUAUGCUAUCCUGGACGAGAAGAAGAGUGAGCUGCUGCAGCGGAUCACGCGGGAGCAGGAGGAUAAGCUCAGCUUCAUUGAGGGCCUCAUCCAGCAGUACCGGGAGCAGCUGGACAAGUCCACUAAGCUGGUGGAGACGGCCAUCCAGUCCCUGGACGAGCCUGGUGGGGCCAUCUUCCUUUUGAGCGCCAAGCAACUCAUCAAAAGCAUUGUGGAAGCUUCCAAGGGUUGCCAGCUGGGGAAGACAGAACAGGGCUUUGAAAACAUGGACUACUUUACUUUGGACUUGGAGCACAUAGCAGACACCCUGAGGGCCAUCGACUUUGGGACAGAUGAGGAAGAGGAAGAGUUCAUUGAAGAAGAAGAUCAGGAAGAGGAAGAGUCCACAGAGAGAAAGGAAGAAGGGCACCAGUAAGGAACUGGAUGAGGGAGAGACCUUCUAGAUGCAGAGAGACUGGGGUGGGUGGGGAUGGGCCCAGCUGCCUUGGUGACAGGCCCAGGGUGGGAGGGGUCGGGGCCCCUGGAGGGGCAAUGGGAAGGUGUGUCUUCUCUCUGCCCAGAGAGCAGGGACUAGCAGUAGGACCCCCACUGCUGUGUCCAGCGGCCACUGAACCUGAAUUGGAAACGUGCUUGAAACAACCACACAGGACACUUUUCUACGUUGGUGCAAAAUGGAAUAUUUUGUACAUUUUUUAAAUGUGAUUUUUGUAUAUACUUGUAUAUGUAUGCCAAUUGGUGCUUUUUGUAAAGGAACUUUUGUAUGAUAAAGCUUGGUCAUGGUGUGACCAGCUAUUGUUAGAAAGAGGGGAGAGAAGCCAGGCUGACAAAGCUGCCCUCUUCCUUUCCUGGGAGGGAGGGCUGGGUAGCACACAGGCCUACGAAGGGAUACUGUACUGUACAGGUGUCAAUGCCUGUCCCUGACAUAGGGGAUGGCAACUGAGUUUGUGUUACAUGUUGUUUCAAUAAAUGCACAGCGCUCCCUUUCUGUUA